AUGAGAUUAAGACACACGUCUAACAACCAAACAAUAAAAAUAAUAGCGAUAAAUGUGAACUCAAUACARCACAACGUCAGAAGAUUAGAACUACUAGCGCUACUAGAGGACGCCUCUCCGGAUAUCGCCCUAAUAUCGGAGACAAAGCUCAAUGCCAAUCACAUAAUCAAAUAUAAAAACUAUGAAAUAGUCAGAACCGACCGCCCGAAAUCCAAGCAAGGAGGAGGUACAGCAAUCUUAGUAAAAAAGGAAAUCAACCAUGAGGUCGUAAGAUACYCAACUUCAGCAGUGAGCCUAUAUGCAACAAACUCCAAUAAAACUAUAUUCAUCAACGAACUCAACCAUCUAUUGACAAAAAUUCAAGCCGAAUAUCGGGGCUGCGCCUUUGUAAUAGCUGGAGACUUUAACGCAAGAAGAACUGAGUGGGGCGACCACGCCGACAAUGAAAGAGGCAAGUACAUGAGAAAGUGGGAAUAUUCCGAUGCCAGUAAAUUCAGAGUAAAAAUAUACACGACCACCACUCCAACCCGCUUGGACAGUUCAACGUACCUAGAUAUCUGCCUAACGAACCUCCAAAUAAUAGACCUGGUAAAUGGUAAAAUUAAAACCCGCUCUUAUGAUAGCGACCACCAAGCGCUACAGUUUACAGUGAAAUUACCCAACCAUGCAGAAUAUGACAAUAGUAGAAUCGAAAAACACAGAUACAACUACAAAGCAACAAAAUGGACCAAAUUUARGAAAAAACUACAAAAGAACUAUACCAGCAAAAUCCCAGACAAHAGAAACCUAGACAUAGACGAAAUAGAUAAUAGCAUUACUGAACUAAACGAUGUAUUACUGACGACCAUUGAACAAACAGUACCAAAAUUCAAACCGCAUAACAAUAUUCACAAAUACCUCAAURCCAAAAUAAAAAAACUGCAAAAGAGCAAAACAUGGUACAUCCAAACACUUCACAAAAUGCAAAGGAACAACCCAAGCAGAUGGAGAAGCGAAAUAAUAAUAACCAAGGUAAUCAUAAAAUGCAUUAAAGAGCAAUUAAGAAAAGAAUUUGCUAGGGCGACGGCCAGCUAUUACGAAGGGCAGCUAAAACAGAUAAACCACCAAGAUGCGUCUACCUUCUUCCCUAAGAUUAACAGACUGCUAAGAAGCAAAGAAUGGGUUAAGAUUGGCGAUCAGGUGGUCGAUCCCAACGACCCAAUCAUUAAUAAAYUAAACAUUAACACCGAUAACAUAAACACCGAAGGUAAAAUAAUUAUCACCGACCCAACAACUAAACUAAAUGUGAUUGGCAACUACYUAGAAUCCAUCAAUUCCACAAGACACCUUAACAACGGCACAAGGCUAAAGGAAAUUGUAGAAACUAAGGCAAAAAAAAUCAAACAAGAACUCGAACAAAACAGGAGAACAAAACGCACACACCUAAACUUCAGUGAUAUCAACAGAGCAACUCGUCCGAAUUACGAGGCAGCCAACGCGUACUACUGCAACUAUAACAGCUUAGACAAAAUACUUAAGCAUCUACCCAACAAAACCUCCAGUGGGCUGGACGGGAUACCCCCCCAUAGUGCUAAAACAUCUGCCAGCAAAUGUAGUGAGCAACCUCGUAGUCAUUUUCAACAACGCAYUAAACCACUCUUACUAUCCAAAAAUAUGGAAAAAAGCCAAAGUAUUACCAAUACUCAAAAAAAAUAA